AUGGACCAGGACAUCUACGGCGAGUUGACCAACGCGGUUAAGCGGUUGAAAGCGCCGCUCAGUGAGCUCAUGCGUCUUCACGAGCAGUUUGUCUUGGAUAAUAUUAGCGGGAUCAACGAGAUCAAGAGCGUGAGGGAUUUCAGGAAGGGGCUUGAGAAAGCGCUCGAGACAGAGGAGAAGAUGGCCAAGAAGAAGGCUAAGGAAGUUACAAAUGGGGAGAGCUGA